CCUCUGCACGCAUUUCCGAGCUCGUUGGCGGACCGCUCUAGCUUCUUGGAAAACCACUCUAGGCUGCUUGGAGGACCGGACUUCUCUAUUGCCCCAGCCUGUGCCUUACGCUUCUCCAGAACCUCGGGUAAACGUGAUCUUUUAGCCUUCCGGACUCUGUCCGGGUAACUGUCCUCAGCAUGGGGCUUUCCGAGGUGCUCAGGCCUAUGUCCAGGUUCAAUUCUUUCAAGAGGACCCAGGUUAUACUGCAACAUUUAGGAAUGUCUAAGCACACAGACUCAGAACCAGAAGUGUUUUUGGAAAGAAAAGGUUGUGCAGGAGUAAUAACAUUAAACAGACCAAAGGUUCUGAACUCAUUGAAUCUGUCCAUGAUACGACGGAUUUAUCCACAGUUAAAGAAGUGGGAACAAGAACCAGAAACUUCUUUGAUUAUCAUAAAGGGAACGGGAGGAAAGGCUUUCUGUGCUGGAGGUGAUAUCAAAGCCAUAUCAGAAGCAGGGAAGGCAAAACAGAAAUUGGUUCAAGACUUCUUUAAAGAAGAAUAUACUUUGAACUCUGCCAUUGGUACUUGUAAGAAGCCUUUUGUUUCACUUAUUCAUGGAGUUACAAUGGGUGGAGGUGUUGGUCUCUCAGUUCAUGGGCAUUUCCGAGUAGCUACAGAGAAAACGCUUUUUGCUAUGCCAGAAACAGCAAUAGGACUUUUCCCUGAUGUGGGUGGAGGUUAUUUUCUACCACGCCUUUCAGGAAAACUUGGUUACUUCCUGGCACUCACAGGAUUCAGAUUGAAAGGUAGAGAUGUGCAAAAAGGAGGAAUUGCUACGCACUUUGUAGACUCUGACAAGUUGCCUAUGCUGGAGAAAGAUUUGUUGGCCCUGAAAUCUCCUUCAAAAGAAGAUGUGGCAGAAGUCUUGGAUACUUACCACAAGAAGUGUAAAGUUGAUCAAGAUAAACCUUUCAUACUUGAGGAACAUAUGGACAAAAUUAACAGUUGUUUUUCAGCAAGUACUAUGGAACAGAUUAUUCGGAAUUUACAAGAAGAUGGUUCACCUUUUGCACUUGAACAAUUGAAGGUGUUUGAAAAAAUGUCUCCAACCUCCUUAAAGAUCACAUUAAGACAGAUAAUGGAAGGUUCUUCAAAGAGCUUACAAGAAGUGUUAAUUAUGGAAUAUAGGCUGAGUCAAGCAUGCUUGAGAGGCCAUGACUUUUAUGAAGGUGUUCGAGCAGUUUUGAUCGAAAAAGACCAGAACCCUAAGUGGAAGCCAGCCAAAUUAGAAGAAAUAACUGAUGAAUUUCUGAAUGACUGCUUUAAGUCAUUGGGAAGUGAUGAUCUCAAAUUUUAACUGCAAUGACUGACCUUUCUCAGAACUUAUUAUGAGCACACAAGAAAAAACAGAAAGUAGAGACUCUUUGGAUUGGAAAAAUCAGCUCAAUUUGAUGUGACCAGUGUUUUUUAUUCUAUGAUAGUGUGAUUUCUAUUCAUUGAUUAUCUUGUAUAGUAUUAUAUGUAAACUGUGUUGAAUAAAGUUUUUUGAAAAGACUGUGAUAA